GUGUGUUACUGUCAACUGUCAAUUCUUGGACUGGUCAGGUUCAACUUUCUUGGACCAUUAUAUCUCACCCGGGCCCUUCUUUUUAUCAAGUGGAAGGAUGUUACCUAUAACCGGUACAAUAAGGCACUAGUGUCACAGAAAUACAGAAUGGCGUGCAUUUACCAAAUACCUUCUCCAAUUGGUUUAGUCAAUUUAGCAGGAAGAACACACAACACAUAAGAGAAUUCAUGUGAAAAAUCUUGCAUAUUUGAUGACUCUCCUCUCCCAAUAAUCUAAUGAGAUGUUACAACAACUCUAACCUUGAAAGAUGUUACAACUCUUGUAUGUUGACCAUGUCCAUGAGUUCAGAUGCCUGAACCAGAGUUUGACCAGAGUCCAUGAACCACACAAUAUGGUGGGCAGUAGCAAAGGUCAAAGGUACAGCCUCCCCCACAUGCCACAUGGCCUGCAAACGAGUGGAACACUACACAAAUAAUUCAGUACCCUGAUCUCCCUUUCCUUUUCUAAUCCCAUCUCUUUGCUGCAUGUGUGCUAAGCCUCUUUAUCCUGCUUUACACCCAUGAUCAGGCAGACAAGAUCUGGUGCUAUACCAGCUAGUGCCCCUCUGAUCCCCAGAAAGCCACCACUGUUAACACACUCACACCCAGCUCACUUCCUAGUGCUCGAUAACCUUGCGGCCUUUCCAUUGGCUCCCUGCCUCAUGUGUAAGAGUUCAGAGUUACAGAAGUGCCUUUGUAGACAGGAGAAACGGAUCGAAUUCACCUGGGAAGGAAGAGUUGGCGUCAGAGAGAGUAUCACGAGUGGAGGUGAAGCAAGCAUGCAAGAAGGGUACGUGCUCUCGAGGAGGGCGUUGCUGCUGCGCAGCUACGGGGAGAAUGCUGCCGCGAACCAGGUGGUGGCCGGGCAGGAAGCUCCUCCGGCGGCCGACGUCGCCGGGAGCGCCGGCAACAGCUUCGACGCGAACGUGGUCAUGAUCCUGGCCGUGCUCCUGUGCGCGCUCAUCUGCGCGCUGGGGCUCAACUCCAUCGUGCGGUGCGCGCUCCGGUGCUCGACCCGGAUGUCGUCGGCGCCCGGCGGCGGCGCGCGGCGGCAGCAGGCGGCGGGCGGCGGCGGGCCCGUGUGCGCCAUCUGCCUGGGCGAGCUGGAGCCCGGGGAGCGCGUCCGCGUGCUGCCCAAGUGCAACCACGGCUUCCACGUCCGCUGCGUCGACCGGUGGCUGCUGGCGCGGUCCACGCGCCCGACGUGCCGGCAGUCGCUGUUCGCCGCGCCGCCCAAGGGCUCCGGCUGCGCUGACGCCGACGCCGACGCCGAGCCGCCGGUGCGGGCGUUCCUCGUGCCGCUCCGGCCGGAAGGUUUCGUCACGCCGUACGAUUUUUAGGAUACGAAAUGGUCGCGUAGCCUUUGGUUUGUAGAGUAGAGUAUAUGCAAGCAAUACAUGGAUAUACUGAUCACUUCAUUCUACGUUUGUGCGGUGUUUAAUCCCUUGUAUAAACAAGAUGCAGGAUGCCGUGUCCAACUACAUACUCCAUCCAAAAAAAAUGUAAUUUUCGCUUGGAGUCAACCAGUUUCAAAUUUAA